AUGCGCCACAUCGUUUCAUCUCUCCUCCUGUUGGCAUCUCUCGCCUCGGCGACGUUGACCCCGACCCGGACGACCCAGUUCUGGGGCCAAUCACCCGCCAAGCGACAGGUGCAGCCUUCCAAUCUCCCCAACAACUGCAUCUACACCUGUGGCCAGUUUUCGCAGGAGCUCAAUGGCAUGUGUGCGAUCACCACCUCGCGCUGCGAGUCGGUCCAAGCAGCCUCGGGAGCAGCAUCCAACGACCUCGGGUGUAACACCUGGUCUUCGAACUGCAACCAGCUGGCCGCACAGUACGAGGCGAGCUGCGCUGCGUCGACCAACAACUGCGUCGACUGCAGCACCGCGUCAGCAGACGCCAACAACAUGUGCACCCAGACUGCUAUCAACUGCUUCAACGACCCGGCUAUCAACAACGGACCCCAGGACGCCAUCAUGCAGUGCUACGUCGCCAAAGCCGUCUGCGACUGGGAGCUGUCGCUCCUGUCCCAAGUCACGCCCUGUGGAAAUGCCAACUGCGCCGCCGGGUGCUACACGCUCGUUGCGUUCUCGUCAAUCGCUACCUACCUGAACAGUCUUUGUUCGAACGCACUUCCCGAUGGCAACAGCUGCUUUAACGGGUACUUGGCCAUUUUCAACUCUGUCUCGGCCCAGGCCGAUGCUUGCUCACGGGGCACUGGCUACACAGCGUGCAACUCUGUCGGUAUUUUUACUCGCCCGUGCAGCUACAUGACCAGCGCUCUCCAAGCUGGCCUUGCUGCAGGUGUAUCUGCGUGCCAAGCAGCCUUGACUCCGGGUUCGCCAACCUACACCAAAGACUUCAACACUUGCGCCACCGUCUACGGGUUCAACAGUGCCUUUAUUCAAGAGUACAUUUCGGCAAACGGGUGCUGA